AAAGUCUCCGUCAAUCGGUUUCUUGUUUUACUGUCAGUUUUGUGUUGUGCGUAGUUGUUGUUUGUUGAUUUUCGAUGGCUUAAUUAGUUUUAUUAUUAUUUUAUUUUCUCAUCUGUUACAAUAUAUCGAUUUGAGCUUGACCAAAAUGGCACUUUUACCUCCCGAUCCAGUUUACACUAUCAGAAAUGUAGACAACGUGCCAGUUUAUUCAUUGGCAUUUAGCUUUUUGCCCGGAGGUCUGGAGAGGUUACUAGCCGGCUCGAAGAACGGCUAUGUUUAUGCAUACAACCUUCAGACUAACCGUGUGCAGCAAAAAAUUCAAGUUGGUCAAGCUCCAAUACUACAUCUCAUUCACACCAACAGUCAUCUAAUAACCCAAGAAAAAGGUGGAAUUUUUAAGAUUUUUGAAUUAACUAACAGCGGCUAUAAAGAAGAGGCCAUAAUCAAUAUUGAUUAUCCAGGCUUUUGCCGUUUUGAAGCCAACACAAAACUCGAAACAAUUUAUGUACCUGAUAGAGAUUCGAAAAUAUAUGUAUAUAAUUUUGCUGGAGAGAAACUGGAAACUUUGAUGCCAGACUUUAAUGACAAAAGCACACCUAAACUAGGAGAUCCAAUGUGUAUGAAGUACAUUGACUUUCCAUGUAACAGGCCGUGUUUAUUGGCAGGCUAUGAAGCAGGUUGGCUCCUUUUAUGGGACCUUAAUACUAGUCAGUGCAUUGGCAAAUUACAAACAAAAGAAUGUCCAAUGACAGUAGAUUAUCACCGUGAUCAACAGAGAGGUAUUAUCGGUAACGCUUCAAAUGUGAUACAAAUCUUUAGCAUAGGCAAGAAAGACUUGAGCUUGGCUCAUAAACUGGAUAUAUCAAUUAAAAAUUCUGGAAUUAACAAAGUUCAUUCUAGAAUGGAUGGGAAGGUAUUUGCAUCUGGAGGAUGGGAUGGUCACAUACGUAUAUUUUCCUGGUUCUCUUUGCGACCUUUAGUUGUACUUACAGAGCAUAAACAAGCAGUACAAGAUGUUGUAUACUCUACUGAAAAGGUGUCUCUCUGGAAGGCUCCUAUAAUGGCUGCUGGGGGGUUAGAUGGUGCUAUUACCCUUUGGGAUUUAUACAAUAACAAAAAUUAAUUGCAUUUAAUUAUAAUAAGCAACAUGCUAGAUUUAGUAAAUUUCGGACAAUCUACUUUGAAUAAAAAUGUAGAAUAAAAUGUUUUAAUUCACUUUUCAUGAAUGGUAUACUUUAUGAGCGUUUAUGCCAGUAUUGCCUUUACUUAAAAUAUUAGAUAAAACAAAUCAUCCAAUGAUGCUUUAAUUAAUUUGAAGAUAUAAUUUUAUAGAAUACAAUUUUUAUGCCAUUGUAAAUUUUAAUUGGAUCUCAAGUAAUGUACAAAUGUUGGAAAAUAGAGGCAUAUAAUGUCAACGUGAGACAAAACUGUUAGAUUUUAAGUUAACUUGUUGUUAAAUAUAGCAAUGAAUAUUUUCCAUGAAUAAUUUUUUAGUAAUGUUUUUCUAUGAGCCAAGAUAUUAAAGGCGUAUGAAAUUCUUCCAC